UCCACGGAAAGCGCGAUCCUCACUCUCAAGCAUACUGUUCAAUAUUACACUACGCGGAACACGCCGGUAUACGCUUGCUUUUUAGAUCUCUCCAAGGCUUUUGAUCUUGUAAGUUAUGAUGUGCUUUGGAGGAAGAUGGAAGACAGGGGUAUACCGGUGGAAAUUAUAAAAAUUUUCCAAUUUUGGUACCGGCAUCAGACAAACUAUGUAAAGUGGGCCGGCAGUCUGUCCGAGCCAUACAAGUUAGAGUGUGGUGUGCGACAGGGUGGAUUGACAUCUCCAAAAAUCUUCAAUAUGUAUUUGAAUGAUCUCAUAAUCGAACUCAGCAGUAUGCGCGUAGGGUGCCGCGUGGGCGGUGUCUGUGUAAACAACAUAAGCUACGCGGAUGAUAUGGCGCUGCUGGGCCCGACUGCGGGGUCUAUAGGACAGAUGAUAAGAGUUUGUGAGAAGUACGCCGCAUCGCAUGGUCUGAUAUAUAAUGUUAAAAAGAGUGAGUUUAUGCUCUUCAAGGCCGCAAGCAGGGGUCCUGAUAUUUUACCCCCAAUCAAUUUGAAUGGCACGAGAUUGAACCGGGUAACGCGAUUUAAAUACCUUGGGCAUAUUCUUGCUGAUGACCUUAAAGACGAUGACGAUGUUGAAAGGGAACGCAGGGCCCUGGCGGCUCGAGGGAACAUGUUAGCCCGCAGAUUUUCUCGAUGUACGGAUCAGGUAAAAAUAACACUGUUUAAAGCAUAUUGUCAAGGCUUGUACACGGGGAGUUUGUGGUUUGCUUGUUCCCAAAGGUCUUUGGAUGCCCUGCGCAUACAAUAUAAUAACUUUUUCAGGAUGUUGAUGAAACUCCCCCGAUUUUGUAGUGCCUCCGUCAUGUUUGCCCAGGCUCAAACCGACGGAUUCCAUGCAAUUAUCAGAAAAAAGGUAGCGUCACUGGUGAGGAGGCUCCGGGAGAGUGACAACAGCAUCCUGAAAGCAAUAGCUAGCGACCCUAAGGCGCCUGUGCUGAGACAUCUCGUGCGGACUAUGAUCCCGCAAGGGAUGUCUCCUAAAUAUAUGACGCAUUAGAGUUUCAUACAUGUAAAUUAUUCAUAUUUUCCACUAGUACUAUUUCUACUAACCCUAGUCAUCUAAGUUUUAAGUUUUUUGUAAUUUACUAACCAAAUAUGGAUCUAUGUUGUCCGAAAAUAAAGAAU